UGCAAAUUUCAAAAUAAAAACAUUCUUGAGAAAAUUUUCCGACGCCGCUGGAUUUGUGUGUUUCUAUCUGUUUUCCCCACCGAUUGUUAGAAAAAUUCUAAUUUUCUGAUAGCGGGAAAAAAUUUAAACCGCCCAGUCAUGGCGGACGGUUUACCGUCAACUUCAGCUGGCGAGAAGCCUCAAACCGUUCCCAAACGGCUUCGAGAAAUCAAAGGAGCGGCAGCUUCAAAUCGAAGAGCAAGUUUAGCCGGAAAUGUGUACAACUACACGGAAACUUUGAAAGAAAAACAGGCACGUUAUCGCGAGGAUCGUGAUAAGCGUAAAGUUCGUUUGGCAGCCACACACAAAUACUUCGUUCACUACGUUGCCGAUCAUUUGGAAUUGGAAAAUGCUUAUGUGAAAGAUUUUGUGUUGGACUCAGCUGAACAACUUGACUUUUUGGAUGAUUUUAUCAGAAAAGGUGGAAGAAAAACUCUCAUGUUUUAUUACCAGGAAGGAGAACCUCCUAAACUGGAAUCUGGAAGGACGAUGCAGAAAGUUGAAAAACUUCAGAAGAUUUUCAUCACUGAUGGAACCAAGGAAGCUUUAACCGGACAAUGCCUUUAUUUUAUCAAACCAAAGGGAGAUGCACAGCUCAGUGUCAGAAAUGCAAAUGAGGAAACAAACUUUGCCGUCCUUGAUGUGGAAGGCAAUGGUGGACUCCUCCCAGCCAUUCGUGAAAUAAUGUCACUGGUUCAUCUCCCUGCUAUAAAAGCCCUUUCCAACUGGGGCACUUUGGCUGAGACACCACAAGGAAAAAAGACACGAGAGACUUUCUUGCAUGAUUUAGAAAGCUUUGUCAAUUACCUGGACAGUGCUCAGAUGAAUAUUGACGGAGCAGUUCGUCUCAGUGAAUCAACCACAGUUGACUUGACAAAAUAUUCUUCACCGCAAGAAUGCACUGAAGCUGCCAAUGAUCCUGAGGUCGUAGUUGCACUUGAAGAGUUGGUCUCUGGGUGGUGCAAACAGAUCGAACAGGUAUUGGCUGAAAGUGAGCAGAUGCGCAAAGAAGCAGAUGAUACUGGGCCAUUAGCUGAAUUGGAGCAUUGGAGAUUUCUAAUGUCAAAAUUCAAUUCAUUACUUGAACAUAUCAAAGGAAAACAAUGCAAGGCUGCUAUUAGUAUCCUGCAUACCUCAAAGUCAAAAGUACUGAAGAUGUGGAGGGAGCUAGAUGCUCAAAUCACCGACCAUGCAAAUGAGGCAAAGGACAAUGUGAAGUAUCUAUAUUCACUAGAAAAAGCAUGCACUCCAUUAUACAAUGCCGAUCCGGUGAAUAUGAUUGAAGUCAUUCCUACCCUGAUCAACAUCAUCAGUAUGAUUCACAAUAUAUCGAGAUACUAUAACACAUCGCAGAGAAUGACUUCUCUAUUCAUAAAGGUUACAAACCAAAUGGUAGCUGCCUGUCGGAACUACAUCACACAGAACGGGCAGCUCCGAAUUUGGGAUCAGGAGGGUUCAGAAGUUAAAAAGAAGAUUGCUGAUUGUGUGUUUCUAUACAAAGAAUACAUGAGCAGUUUUCAAAAGAUGAAAGAAAAACUUCAGAAAACUCCUGAUGAAAAUAUGGAUUUCUCUGAGAUGUAUAUUUUCGGGAAGUUUGACACAUUCUGCAAAAGACUGAAUAAGAUUACUGAACUAUUGAAUACGAUUGAAGUAUUUUCAAAACUUGGAGAAUCAAAGAUUGAAGGAAUUGAAGGUCUAACUAAUAAAUUCCAAUCUAUUGUGACCAAUACUAAGAAGAAACCUUAUGAUAUAUUGGAUCACAGGAAAAUUGACUUUGACAAUGAUUUUGAAAACUUCAAGGAUUCGAUUUAUAAUUUGGAAUGUCAGCUUCAGAUAUUCAUGGAUUCCUGUUUCGAUCGACCUCAAUCAUCGGCCCAAGCUCUCUUGCUCUUGAAAAGAUUUGAGAAACUUGGAGUUCCUUGCUUGCAGGGUGACAUUCAGGAAAAAUACAGUGUGAUAUUGAAAAGCUUUGGACAAGAGAUUGAAGAGAUCAAGAAGAUUUACCAGAAGUUGCGAGACGAACCGACCAUACCCCGAGAUAUGCCGCCAAUAUCCGGGAAAAUUAUGUGGGCUCGUCAACUGUUCAGGAAGAUACAGCAACCUAUGGAUGUUUUCCAGGAAAAUGCUGAACAUUUACUCAAGGAAAAGGACGGCAGAUUAAUUGUGAAGAGUUACAACAGGAUGGGAAAAAUACUGAUGGAAUUUGAAGUUUUGUUUCAUAGGGCCUGGUGUAGGUCAACUGAGAAUAUCAAGUAUGCUCUACAGGCCACUCUACUUGUCCGGCACCCUGAAUCCAAGCAGAUAUUCAUCAAUUACGAUCCACAGAUACCGGAGAUGGUUCGUGAAGCUCAGUGUUUUAGGAAGAUGGAAAUGGAUGUGCCUGAAGUAACCAACAAUCUGUUACGAAAGCAGGCUGCAUUAAAAAGAACUAAGGAACGAUUAGAAUGCAUGCUCAAUGAUUACGACGGAGCAAAAGAGAAAAUCCCAACUAUAUUCCAACCCUUGAUGAAACAACACUUGAAAAAAGUCGAUGCUGCGAUCAGACAAGGAUUAGUCUUCACUACAUGGAGUAGUUUGAACCACGAUCUUUACUUCCACAACGUAAACAGAGAGCUUUCUCAAUUGAACAGAGUCAUUAGAGAUGUGAAUGAUUUGAAGGAAGCCAGGAUUGAUGAUAUGCUGGAAGAUAUCGCAACCACUGCCCUCAUUGACUUGGAAGAUGAUAAAACAUACACCCUGCAGAACUUCACUCAAUUGGCUCGAGAGCACUGCAGCGAGAUGGCAAAGUAUUUGGACAGGAAAAGUCAACACAUAGAGAAUGCUGUGCAGGAUCUGAUACAGGUUUUUGCAAAACAUUCUGGAAGAGCAAAUUUUGUCUUUUCAAUGGACACGUCAACCUCUGCCCGUUCCAAGUACAAGGACAGUGUUGAAUACAACGAGGAUGAUGCUUUCGUCAUUGAAUGUGAGGAACUCGUGGAAUAUUUCAAACAAAGGACUGUCGAUGCGUUACUGAGAUGCACUAAGCAGUCACUGGACAAUAUCAAACGGAGAGUCUUUUAUCCAAAAUCCUCGUAUUCUCGAGGGAUGGGAAGCAAAGCAAAGACUGAUGAAUUCACAGGAAAGGAAGGAAUCGCCCCAUUACUGAAUGCCAACAUUGAACUUGCCAUACCUAACGUGGAACUAAGACCAAACUUAGAGGAAAUACAGGCUGCUUUGAAUGACGCUGCAAAAUGUGUUGUUGAAGUCAGCCGAGGUGUCAUAUGUUGGGGACAGAUUCGAUUCCAGGAGCGAUCCAGUGAGGAUUCAGGGAGCGGAUCGGCCAACAAAAACAAACGAGACUCAAUAAAGAAGCAAGGAAGCAUAUCUGGACUUAUACCUGUACCCAGUGAGAAACUCCAGAAUCAUUUCAAGGCUGUGUCAGAGCAGAAGGAUGUUGCCAAACUAGUGAUGAUGCACGGCAGUGCAAUGAAUAACAUGAGGGAACCCAUCACUAAGCAGCUGCAUCCAUUCAAUCAAUUUCAUAUGCUGUGGGAAGAAGAUAGAGAGACAACUGUACAAGCGUUUAUGGCAACAGAACCUCUUCUGACAGAGUUCCGAGCCGAGAUCAUGAAAUAUGAGGACGUGAAUCAGAGUGUGGAAGCCUUGCCCAACACUCUCAACAUUGGACCUGUACAAUUGCAGACCGAUAAUAUUAAAACGGCUUUGACUGUGGAAACAAAGGCUUGGAAGGUGAGCCUCUGCAAAUGUCUUAACAUCGAAUAUCGAACCAAGAUGGAUGAACUGAGUGAAUUCAUCAACGAAUAUUCAAAGAGAUUGAACAGAAGCAUCAAAGACUUGGACGAUGUCAGGGGAGCCAUGAAUGCAUUGGAUACCAUCAAGGCAGAGUUCACAAGGAUUGACUUCAGCUUGGGCCCUGUUGAGGAAGCCUACGCCAUCAUGCAGAAGUUCAAUGUACAGAUACAAUCAGAUGAGAUAAACAAAGUCGAUACCUUGAGAUACAGCUGGGAUAAACUUCUCUCACUUGUUAAUAAGGUUCAAGAUGAGCUCUGUGAUGUGCAACCAAAAUUCCGAGCCGAUCUGAUCGCCAAGGUAGAGAAAUUCCAUGUGGAUUCAGAUGAAUUCCAGCAAUCCUAUGAUGAGAAUGGACCAAUGAAAGAAGGUCUCACUCCUGUAGAAGCCAGCGAUUUACUGCAGGUUUAUCAAAGCAGAUUCGAUGACUUGUGGCGCAAGUUCCAAACCUACAAUGCAGGGGAAGAAUUAUUCGGGUUGCAAGUCACAGAAUACCCCCAUCUACAACGAUCAAAGAAGGAAUUGAACCUCCUGCAGAAGUUGUAUGGACUAUACAAUGCUGUGAUGAAGUCUAUCAAUGGCUAUUACGACAUUCUAUGGCUGGAAGUUGACAUUGAUAAGAUAAACCAAGAAUUGCUCGACUUUCAAAACAGAUGUCGCAAGCUUCCCAAAGGACUCAAGGAAUGGCAAGCCUACAACGAGCUAUCCAAUAAGAUCAAUGAUUUCAAUGAAUCUUGCCCCAUACUUGAGCUCAUGUCUGACAAGGCAAUGAAGCAAAGACAUUGGGACAGGAUCACUGCAUUAACUGGAUAUACUUUUGACGUGGACAAUGAAAACUUCCAACUGCGCAACAUCAUGGCGGCUCCUCUUCUCAAAUACAAGGAAGACAUAGAAGAUAUUUGCAUCAGUGCAGUCAAGGAGAAAGACAUCGAAGCCAAACUCAGUCAAGUCAUUGCUGAAUGGAACGGAAAUAACCUUAGCUUUGCAAACUUCAAAACCAGGGGCGAGCUACUCCUGAAAGGUCAGGAAACAUCGGAGAUUGUAUCAUUGCUGGAAGACAGUUUGAUGAUCCUUGGAUCUCUGCUUAGUAACAGAUACAAUGCACCUUUCAAACCAACUAUACAACAAUGGGUUGCAAAGCUGUCUAACACAUCGGACAUUAUUGAAAACUGGUUGAUCGUUCAGAACUUAUGGGUCUACCUCGAGGCUGUGUUUGUUGGAGGAGACAUUGCUAAACAGUUGCCGAAGGAAGCGAAACGUUUCUCUAACAUUGACAAAUCCUGGGUGAAGAUCAUGACCAGAGCACAUGAGACACCAAAUGUUGUGCAAUGCUGUGUGGGGGAUGAGACUCUGGGUCAGCUGUUGCCACAUUUACUAGAGCAAUUGGAACAGUGUCAGAAAUCUUUGACUGGAUACCUUGAGCAGAAACGACUUGUGUUUCCUCGUUUCUUCUUCAUAUCAGAUCCUGCUUUGCUAGAAAUCCUUGGACAAGCAAGCGAUUCACAUUCUAUUCAGGCUCAUCUUCUUGGAGUAUUUGAGAAUGUGAACAAAGUUGACUUUCAUGAAAAGGAUUAUGAUAGAAUAAUGACUGUCGUAUCAAAGGAGGGAGAAACAAUUAUGCUUGAGAAGCCAGUGGUUGCUAAAGGCAAUGUAGAGAUCUGGUUGGGUGAUUUACUUAAUCAACAACAAGGAUCAUUGCAUGGAGUUAUAAGAGAUGCUUCCAUACAGAUAGUGGAUCCUUCCUUCCAACUUCAUCCUUUCUUGGAUUCUGCUCCUGCUCAGGUUGGGUUGCUCGGAUUACAAAUGAUUUGGACGAAAGAUGCUGAAGAAGCUCUUUCUAAUGCAAGACAUGACAAGAAAAUUAUGCCGGUGACCAAUCAACGUUUCCUGGAAAUCUUGAACUCACUCAUUCAAGUCACCACCAAGGAACUCACAAAAUUUGAGAGAAUCAAAUAUGAGACAUUGAUCACUAUUCACGUACAUCAGAGGGAUAUCUUCGAUGACUUGGUCCGCAUGCACAUCAAGACUCCUCUUGAUUUUGAAUGGCUGAAACAAUCUCGAUUCUACUUCAACGCAGACACUGAUAAAUGUAUUGUCAGCAUCACUGAUGUGGAUUUCAUCUACCAGAAUGAGUUCUUAGGCUGCACUGACAGGCUGGUCAUCACACCACUAACUGACAGAUGCUACAUCACACUUUCUCAAGCUCUGGGUAUGAGCAUGGGUGGAGCACCCGCUGGUCCGGCUGGGACUGGUAAAACAGAGACAACCAAAGAUAUGGGAAAAGCACUUGGGAAGUAUGUUGUUGUGUUUAACUGCUCUGAUCAGAUGGAUUUCAGAGGCCUUGGAAGGAUUUAUAAAGGACUUGCACAGUCUGGAUCAUGGGGAUGCUUUGAUGAAUUCAAUCGUAUCGACCUACCUGUGCUAUCUGUAGCUGCUCAGCAGAUCUACAUUGUGCUUAUGGCUAAGAAGGAGAGGAAACCUCACUUCAUAUUCACUGAUGGAGACAAUGUCAGUCUCAACCCUGAGUUUGGACUGUUUAUUACUAUGAACCCCGGUUACGCUGGUCGUCAAGAAUUGCCUGAAAACCUAAAGGUUCAGUUCAGAUCGGUGGCCAUGAUGGUUCCAGACAGACAGAUUAUCAUGAGAGUGAAGCUUGCCAGCUGUGGUUUCCAAGAAAACAUAAUUCUUGCUCAGAAAUUUUAUACUCUGUACAAACUAUGUGAGGAACAGUUGACCAAACAGGUCCACUAUGAUUUUGGAUUACGUAACAUUCUCUCUGUGCUUCGUACUCUCGGAGCAACAAAGCGAGCUCGACCAGAAGAAGGAGAGCCCACUAUUGUGAUGAGAGUCUUGAGAGAUAUGAACCUUUCUAAGCUGGUUGACGAAGACGAGCCUUUGUUUCUGAGUUUGAUCAGUGAUUUGUUUCCUGGAAUAACAUUGGACACAGUGUCGUAUGUGGAACUACAGGCAGCUAUUGAACUUCAUGUACAGGAUAUGGGAAUUGUCAACCAUCCUCCAUGGAAUUUAAAGGUUGUCCAGCUGUUUGAGACACAACGGGUUCGUCAUGGAAUGAUGACACUGGGACCAAGUGGGGCAGGGAAGACUAUUUGCAUCAAUAUGAUCAUGAGAGCCAUGACUGAGUGCGGCGAACCACACAAGGAAGUUCGUAUGAAUCCUAAAGCCAUCACAGCCCCUCAGAUGUUUGGCCGACUGGAUGUGGCAACUAAUGAUUGGACAGAUGGAAUAUUCAGUACUUUGUGGAGAAGGACUCACAAGACCAAGAAAGGUGAUCAUGUGUGGCUGAUACUUGAUGGGCCUGUUGAUGCAAUCUGGAUUGAGAACCUCAACUCAGUACUGGACGAUAACAAGACAUUGACGCUGGCUAACGGUGACAGGAUUCCAAUGGCUCCUAACUGCAAGAUUCUCUUUGAGGUCCACAACAUUGACAAUGCAUCACCUGCCACAGUAUCCAGGAACGGUAUGGUCUACAUGAGCAGUUCAGCUUUGGAUUGGAGCCCUAUACUGGAUGGUUGGUUGUUGAAACGUCCGGCUGCUGAAGCAGAUAUCCUGCGAGAACUUUUCCAUUCAGUGUUUGCCGAUGUCUACACCUACUCAAUGCAAAAUUUAUGGCCUAAGAUGGAACUGCUGGAAUGUAACUACAUAACCCAGGCUCUGAAUGUCUUGGAAGGGAUGAUUCCCAGCAAAGAUGAAGCCGGUAUAUUGCCCAAAGAUCAUUUGGAAAAGAUAUUCAUAUUUGCGUUGAUGUGGAGUGUUGGAGCUACAUUGGAGUUGGGAGACAGAGCCAAGAUGGAGGAGUUUCUCACCGGGCAUUCCAGUCAGCUCGCAUUACCAGCGAUAGAAUCAGGAAGUGGACACACAAUAUUUGAAUUUGUACCAGACAGCAAAGGCAACUGGGAACAUUGGACGGGGCGAGUGCAAGAAUACGACUACCCUAAUGAUUCAGUGCCAGAGUAUUCAUCAAUCCUUGUACCUAAUGUUGAUAAUAUAAGAACCAAGUUCCUGAUUGAUGUCAUUGCUAAACAGCAUAAGGCUGUUCUACUGAUUGGUGAGCAAGGUACAGGCAAGACAGUACUGAUCCAAGGUUAUACAGCACAGUACGACCCUGAAGUACAUAUGGCAAAGUCAUUCAACUUCAGUUCAGCUACUGAACCUAAUAUGUUCCAGAGAACGAUUGAAAGUUAUGUUGAUAAGAGGAUGGGAAGCACAUUUGGACCUCCAGCUGGAAGAAAGAUGACUGUGUUUGUGGAUGACAUCAACAUGCCGGUUAUCAAUGAAUGGGGAGAUCAGAUCACAAACGAGAUUGUUCGUCAGAUGAUGGAGAUGCGAGGCAUGUAUUCUCUUGAGAAACCAGGAGAUUUUACCAACAUUGUGGACAUGCAGUUCAUUGCAGCCAUGAUCCAUCCAGGGGGAGGCAGAAACGACAUACCACAGCGGUUGAAGAGACAGUUCAGUGUUUUCAACUGCACUCUGCCUUCUAAUGCUUCUAUUGAUAAGAUAUUUGGUAUUAUCGGAAAUGGCUACUUCUGUCCUGAGCGUGGUUUCACUGAAGAAGUAUUGAAGAUCAUACCAUUGCUUGUGCCUGCUACCAGGAUACUAUGGCAGUGGACAAAGAUUAAAAUGCUUCCAACACCGGCAAAGUUCCAUUACAUUUUCAAUCUUCGAGAUUUAUCAAGGAUCUGGCAAGGAAUGCUGACUGUGAAGUGUGAGGAGUGUGUUACUGAGAUGGAUGCCAUCUAUCUCUUCAUGCAUGAGUGUAUGAGAGUCAUUGCUGAUAGGUUUACCAACCAGGAAGACAAAGAUUGGUUUGAGGCCUCAUUGCAACGAGUUGUGAAAGAAUCAGUUGAUCCAGACUUGGCUGAACAAAUGACAGGAACAGAACCAUACUUUGUGGAUUUCCUACGCGAUCCCCCAGAACCUACAGGAGAGGAGGCUGAGGAUGCGGAUCUUGAUGCUCCCAAGAUAUAUGAAGCAAUUCCUUCACUGCCGGAGUUGUCAGAAAAGCUGGAAAGUUACAUGGAACAAUAUAACGAGACAGUGCGUGGUGCCAGCAUGGAUCUUGUGUUCUUCAAAGAUGCAAUGACUCAUCUAGUCAAAAUAUCUCGUAUCAUCAGAACACCUCGCGGCAGUGCAUUGCUAGUGGGAGUCGGUGGAUCCGGGAAACAAAGUUUGACUAAGCUGUCUUCCUUCAUUGCUGGAUAUACAAACUUUCAAAUUACUUUGACCAGAACAUACAAUGCCACCAAUCUCAUGGAUGAUCUGAAGGUUCUCUACAGAAUGGCUGGUGCUGAUGGGAAGGGAGUUACUUUUAUAUUCACUGACAAUGAUAUCAAGGAGGAAGGCUUCUUGGAGUAUUUAAACAAUAUAUUAUCAUCUGGAGAGGUCUCUGGUCUGUUUGCUAGAGAUGAAAUUGACGAGAUCACCCAGGGUUUGAUUUCUGUCAUGAAGAGGGAAUUCCCAAGGCGUCCUCCAACUCAGGAGAAUCUGUAUGAUUAUUUCAUCACUCGUGCCAGAAAUAACCUGCAUAUCGUCUUGUGUUUCUCUCCAAUUGGAGAGAAAUUUCGCAACCGUGCUCUCAAGUUUCCAGGACUGUUCAGUGGCUGCACUAUGGAUUGGUUCACUAGGUGGCCGCGUGAUGCUCUCGUAGCCGUCUCCAAUCAUUUCCUGUCCAAGGUCGACAUUGUUUGUAAACCAGAAGUCAAGAAACAGUUGAUUGAAACAAUGGGUGUGUUCCAUGACAAAGUUGCAGAAACAUGCGUGGAUUAUUUUGACAGGUAUCGUCGCACAACUCAUGUCACUCCCAAAUCAUAUCUAUCUUUCUUGGAUGGUUACAAAGGAAUAUACAUAGAAAACCACAGCCAUCUGGCAAACCUGGCCCAGAGAAUGAAUACAGGUCUCGACAAGCUGAAGGAAGCCGGUGAAUCUGUGGCAGAAUUAUCAAAGGAACUUGUUGUGAAAGAAAAAGAUCUUGCGAUUGCUUCUGCCAAAGCUGAUAAGGUCCUUGCUGAAGUGACAGUAUCAGCACAGGCAGCAGAGAAAGUCAAGAAUGCAGUGUUGAUUGUGAAAGAGAAGGCUCAGUCUAUUGUAGACAGUAUUGAGAAGGAAAAAGUGAUUGCAGAAGCAAAGUUGGAAGCCGCUAAGCCUGCAUUGAAGGAAGCUGAGGAUGCUUUGAAUACUAUCAAAGCAGCAGACAUCGCUACAGUCCGUAAGCUUGCAAAACCUCCCCAUCUGAUUAUGAGGAUCAUGGAUUGUGCGUUACUUCUCUUCCAACGUAAGAUCGGUGCUUGUGAAAUGGAUCCUGACAAACCAUCAUUAAAGCCAUCAUGGGCUGAUGCUCUCAAACUCAUGGCUCAGAGUGGUUUCCUCGGAUCUUUGCAAAACUUUGACAAGGACACCAUCAAUGAAGAGACAGUGGAAUUGCUGUCAGUUUACUUCAGAAGCGAAGAUUAUACCUUGGAAACUGCCAAAAAGGUCUGCGGCAAUGUUGCCGGACUUCUAUCAUGGACCAAAGCUAUGGUUUCCUUCUAUGGAAUCAACAAGGAAGUCUUGCCUUUGAAGGCAAACCUGGCAAAGUCUGAGAUCAAACUUGGGAUUGCUAUGAGAGAUUUAUCUGUCGCACAAUCCCAGCUUGAUGAAAAGCAGAAGGAACUGGAUGAAGUCCAGGCCAAGUUUGAUGCGGCAAUGAAAGAGAAGCAGGAACUGUUGGAUGACGCUGAAUCCUGCAGGAGAAGAAUGAUAGCAGCCACCCAGCUUAUUGAAGGUCUUGGGGGAGAGAAAGUACGUUGGACAGAGCAGAGUAAGAUGUUCGAAGCCCAGAUCUUGGAGCUUGUGGGUAACGUUUUGCUGGCAACUGGAUUCUUGUCUUAUUGUGGACCUUUCAAUCAGGAAUUCAGGAAUCUCCUAUUGAAAGAGACAUGGGAGAAUGAACUCAUCGCUCGUAGGAUUCCGUUUGCAUCUGAUCUGAACUUGAUUGCUAUGCUCAUUGAUGCUCCUACUAUAGGUGAAUGGGCAUUGCAAGGAUUACCAAGCGAUGACUUAUCAGUACAAAACGGAAUUAUUGUGACCAAAGCUACCAGGUAUCCUCUACUGAUCGAUCCACAGGGACAAGGCAAGACAUGGAUCAAGAACAGAGAGAAAGAUGCGCAACUGAUCAUCACAGCUCUCAAUCAUAAAUAUUUCAGGACUCACUUGGAAGAUGCUUUAUCUCAGGGAAGGCCUCUUCUAAUUGAAAACAUCAAUGAGGAAUUAGACCCUGCACUUGAUAAUGUAUUGGAGAAGAAUUUUAUCAAAGCUGGAAGUACAUACAAGGUGAAAGUAGGUGACAAGGAAGUAGAUGUUAUGAAUGGAUUCAAGCUCUACGUCACGACCAAACUCCCCAACCCAUCCUACACUCCUGAAGUCAGUGCAAAGACAUCCAUCAUUGACUUCACUGUCACAAUGCAGGGUCUUGAGGACCAGCUUCUAGGUCGAGUCAUCCUGACAGAGAAGCAAGAAUUGGAAGCAGAGAAAGUGAAGCUGAUGGAGGAAGUCACGCAUUAUAAGAGGAAGAUGAAGGAGUUGGAAGAUAAUCUCUUGUAUAAGUUGACUAGCACAAAGGGAUCUCUUGUUGAUGACGAAUCACUGAUCACAAUGCUUGGCACCACCAAGGAGAUGGCGGCUGAGGUCAGUGAGAAGUUGGCAAUUGCAGCAGAUACUGAACAGAAAAUCAAUAUAGCAAGAGAGGAAUUCAGGCCUGUGGCUGUUAGAGGAUCGAUUUUGUAUUUCUUGAUAGUGGAAAUGUCAAUGGUGAACCUGAUGUACCAGACAGCAUUGUCACAAUUUCUUGGAAUAUUUGACGAAUCAAUGGCCAAGUCAGAUAAGUCACCAAUUCCUGCCAAACGAAUCCACAAUAUCAUUGAAUAUCUCUCCUAUGCUGUGUUUAAAUACACCUGCAGAGGAUUGUACGAAACCCACAAGCUACUCUUCAUUUUAUUGAUGUCACUCAAGAUCGAUCUUAGAAAAGGCAACAUUCGUCACAAUGAAUUCCAGAGUUUUAUCAAGGGAGGGGCAGCUUUAGAUUUGAAAGCAGUUCAGCCUAAGCCAAGCAAAUGGAUUCUGGAUAUCACUUGGCUGAAUCUUGUUCAGCUGCAGAAAUUGCCAGAGUUCAGAGAGAUCUUGAACCAGAUAUGCCGCAACGAGAAACAAUGGAAAAACUGGUUUGAUUCUGAAGCACCAGAGGAGGAAUUGAUUCCUGAUGGUUAUUCUUCAUCCCUUGAUACUUUCAGGAAACUCAUGCUCAUAAGAUGUUGGUGCCCAGAUCGUAUCAUGCCUCAAGCUAGGAAGUAUAUUGGUGAUGCCAUGGGGAAAAGAUAUGCAGACCCAGUGCUUCUCAACCUUGAAGAAAUGCAUUUGGAAAGCACCAUCAGAGUCCCUAUGGUUUGUCUGCUUUCGCAAGGCUCUGAUCCUACAAACCAGAUAUCAGAUCUUUCUAAAAAGAAAAAUAUUGAAGUCAGAGCUAUCUCUAUGGGACAAGGCCAAGAAGUCCAUGCACGGCGUCUAGUUAGCACCCUGAUGCAGACUGGUGGAUGGGCUUUGCUACAGAACUGCCAUCUUGGAUUGGAUUUUAUGGAUGAGUUGUUGGAGACGGUGCAGACAUCUGAGAAUGUUCAUGCUGCAUUCAGGGUUUGGAUCACGGCUGAGGAACACCCUAAGUUCCCUAUCACUUUGCUUCAGUCUAGCAUUAAGUUUACAAAUGAACCACCCCAAGGAGUGAAGGCUGGCCUGAUGCGAACAUUUGCAAGCAUAUCACAAGAUCAACUUGAUGUGAACAAUCUUCCACAGUGGAAACCUUUGCUUUAUGCCAUUGCUUUCCUGCAUACAUCUGUACAGGAACGUCGUAAGUUUGGACCUCUGGGUUGGAACAUUCCAUAUGAGUUCAACACAUCUGAUCAUUUUGCCACAGUGCAAUUCCUGCAGAACCAUUUGGAUGAUCUUGAUCCGAAACGUGGAAUACAGUGGAACACCGUUCGAUACAUGAUUGGUGAGGUCCAAUAUGGCGGACGAGUCACUGAUGAUUAUGACAAACGACUCCUGAAUACAUUUGCACAAGUUUGGUUCCAUGAACAAAUGUUUGGAGACAAAUUUUGUUUUUAUACCGGAUAUAUCAUUCCACCAUUCAAGACUGUUAAAGAGGUUUUGGAUGCGAUUGAGGAGCUUCCUCUCACUGAUACUCCUAUGGUGUUUGGUCUUCACAUGAAUGCAGACAUCACAUACCAAACCAACACUGCAACCAGUAUAUUGGACACCAUACUCAGCGUUCAACCGAAAGAUUCAGGAGGAGGUUCAGGGGAAACGAGAGAGUCUGUUGUCUUUAGACAAGCUCAUGAUAUGCUGAUGAAAUUACCACCGGAUUACGUCGCCCAUGAGGUUCGUGCAAGACUAGUGAAGAUGGGGGUUCUGAAUUCCCUGAAUAUCUUCCUUCGUCAAGAGAUUGACCGAAUGCAGAAGGUCAUAACGCUGGUGCGAACCACACUCACUGAUUUGAAACUUGCCAUUGAAGGAACUAUCAUUAUGAGCGAGAACCUUCGUGAUGCUUUGGACAACAUGUUCGAUGCAAAAGUACCAACACAAUGGCGUAAAGUUUCUUGGGAAUCGUCCACCAUUGGGUUCUGGUUCACAGAGUUACUUGAGAGAAACACUCAACUCUCCAAAUGGAUUUUUGAGGGAAGACCAAUAUGUUUCUGGAUGACAGGAUUCUUUAACCCACAAGGUUUCCUUACAGCCAUGAGACAGGAAGUUACGAGAAUGCACAAAGGUUGGGCGUUGGAUUCUGUUACAUUGCAUAAUGACAUGUUGAAGAGCUUCAAAGAAGAUGUCACCAGCCCACCACAGGAAGGAGUCUAUAUUCAUGGAUUGUUCUUAGACGGCGCCGCAUGGGAUCGUCGUAACUGUCGUUUGAUGGAAUCUCAACCCAAAGUACUUUUUGUGCCUCUGCCGGUUGUUCAUAUGUUUGCUGUCAAUUCCACUGCACCAAAAGAUCCGGCAUUGUAUCCAUGCCCCGUGUACAAGAAGCCAUGCCGCACUGAUCUGACAUACAUUACUGCCGUCUAUCUGAAGACACAACAAAAACCAACACAUUGGAUCAUGCGUGGCGUGGCAUUGCUUUGUGACAUCAAGUAAACGCCAUCUGACUUUUAGACUUACUGAUUUGUUAGUUUUAGUAAUGUAUUUUAGUUAAAAUAUGUUAGAGUUUUGUCGUUAUUUAAGAUAACAGCCUUUCCCAUUGAAAUGAUUUGUUGAAGUUAAUAAAAAUGUUCCAAGUUU